AUGAGCAUCUGAAGACACGCAGUGUGGCAGUGUGCUGUGCACACCACACGAUGCACAAGCGCUGAAGAUAAAGCAAGCACCAGAUCGUCCCGACGACAGUACUAGCCACUAGCUAGCUAGCGUCGCGAUGGUUGACCUGCGCCUCCAGGUCGUCGCCACCGUCCUGGGCGUGGCCCUGGCGGCCGCUGCCGCCGGCAGCUCCAGCGGCAAGCAGUUCGAGUUCCAGGAGGCCACCGUGGACGCCAUCCACCAGGGAUUCAGGAACGGCAGCCUCACGUCGACGGCGCUCGCCCGGUUCUACCUGGAGCAGAUCGCCCGCCUCAACCCGCUGCUCCGCGCCGUCAUCGAGGUGAACCCGGACGCGCUCGCGCAGGCGGCGCGCGCCGACGCGGAGCGCGCCGCCUCGCGCGGGCGCUGCGCCGUCGGGCUGCACGGCAUCCCCGUCCUGCUCAAGGACAACAUCGACACGCGCGACCGGCUCAACACCACGGCCGGCUCGCUCGCGCUGCUCGGCUCCGUCGUCAGGCGCGACGCCGGCGUGGUGGCGCGCCUCCGCCGCGCCGGCGCCGUCAUCCUCGGCAAGGCCAACCCCUCCGAGUGGUCUAACUUCCGCCCCGUCGCCUCCGGCUGGAGCGCCCGCGGCGGCCAGACGCUGAAUCCAUAUGUUCUCUCGGUAACCCCAUGCGGGUCAAGCGCUGGGCCUGGCGUUGCGGCGGCAGCCAACAUGGCGGCGGUGACACUUGGAUCGGAGACCGACGGCUCCAUCCUCUGCCCGUCGUCGCUCAACUCGGUGGUCGGGAUCAAACCCACUGUUGGGUUGACGAGCCGAUCCGGUGUCAUCCCCAUCACGCCUCUUCAAGACACUAUUGGACCAAUGUGUCGCACAGUUUCGGACGCCGUCCGUGUGUUGGACGUCAUUGUCGGCUACGACGAGCUUGACGCUGAAGCCACCGGAGCAGCGUCCAAGUACAUCCCACACGGGGGUUACACGCAGUUCCUGAGGACCAACGGACUGAGGGGCAAGAGGAUCGGUGUCCCCGACGUAUUUUUUCAAGGAUACGACGAUAUGCAACUGGCGGUCUAUGAGAAGCAUCUCGAUACAAUGAGGCAACAAGGCGCCGUCGUGAUCAUGGAUCUUGACAUCGCAACAAAUUUCACCGAUCUGGGUAACCAGGAGAUUCUGCUCAUGGCUGCAGAGUUCAAGAUAAGCAUCAACGCUUACUUGUCGGGCCUACUGUACUCUCCAGUCCGCUCUCUCGCACAAGUCAUAGCGUUCAACGAAGCGCAUCCUGUAGAGGAGAGGCUCAAAGAUUUUGGGCAGCCGGAUCUGAUCGCCGCGGAGAAGACCAACGGCAUCGGCACAAGGGAGAGAGCUGCCAUCCGGCGGCUGAGGGAGAUCUCCACCAAUGGGCUGGAGAAGCUGAUGAAGGAACGCCGCCUGGAUGCGAUCGUGGCGCCCAACAGCGACGCCUCCUCUGUUCUCGCCGUCGGGGGCUAUCCGGGCAUCGCCGUGCCGGCGGGGUACGAUGAGCAAGGAGUCCCCUUCGCGAUCUGCUUCGGUGGGCUCCAGGGCUACGAGCCGAGGUUGAUUGAGAUCGCUUAUGCGUUCGAGCAAGCUACAAAAGUCAGAAGACCGCCUACUUUCAAGAGAUAAAGAUAGCUAACUAGCAUGAUGACACGCAGUAGCAGUAAGGGAUCCUUCAAACUUUUUUUGUGGUGUUAUUAUUUGAGGAAUCCCUUGCUAUAUGAAUGACUCAUCGUGAGACCAUUUCAUUUUUUUUGUUCGAUAAAUCCAACCAUCAACAUUAAUUAGCAGUGUGUUGGUUUGAUGAACGAGGUGGUUCAUCAUCUUCUGACUUAUCACUUUUUUUCUUUGUUUGAUUUGUUAGAAUUAAAUGAGUUGAUCCAUGUCAUUUUAUUUCUUAUAUGCUAAUAAUUAAAAAUAAUAUUAAAAAUAAAUUCAUUU